ACGAUGUGCGCAUGUGUGAGUUCAAAACGUCAUCGUCGUUCCUAAACUUACGUGGCUUUAUUUUCAUCAAGUGAGCUACUGGGUUUUUGUCUGUGUCAUUCGUGCUCUGAUAUCCUGAACCUAAGCCUGCUCCAAUGGAUCAAGUGUUGCAAUUUGUGGAGCCGGGUAGGCAGUUUUGCAAAGACUCCUUAAGGCUUGUGAAGAGAUGCACAAAACCUGACAGAAAAGAAUUCCAGAAGAUCGCCAUCGCAACAGCAAUUGGUUUUGCAAUCAUGGGUUUUAUUGGAUUUUUCGUCAAACUCAUCCACAUCCCCAUUAAUAACAUCAUUGUAGGUGGCUAACCAGAAUCCCUUCUAAACUGACCAGAUUCAUGACUGGACAAUGAAUCGUGAUGGGAGAUGAUGUGUUCUGAUGUAUGUCUUAAUUUAAACAUGCCAGGAACAUUUGUAUUUUAUUAAUAAAACUGUUUCAUUCUUUGCA